AUGAAUACUCUAGAUAAGCAAUUAGCUGAUCUACGAAUAUAUGCUAAUGAAUUGGACGCGAAGCUCCAGGAUGAUAUUAACGCCGCUAAAACGAAACCUUCAAUUCCGCCUAAAAAGAGUAAAGCACCGAAGCCACAAAUUCCACAAAGUUGCACGGUGAAAUCAGCUUGUGAGCCCUCAUAUUCUUCAAGACUCGAAUACGGUAGCCGCACGAGUUCCACGUACUCGAAUUUGGUGCCGGUGAAGAGUUGUAUAGUGAGAAAUACGGCGAGGGUCCGAAGCGGUGAUGUUCUAUUAUACAGCAAUCUUUUACCUCCGUGCGGGACGAACCAUGUUUACUCUAACAUUCCCAUGCAACGCGCAUCUGAGAGUGUUUACGGUGACCGCGAUACAAGAUCUGAGUUGUCCAGAAUCAGUGAUUUAGGUGCGCAAUCAAAUUACAGUGAACUACGAAGACCUGGCUCUGCCUAUCCUCCUUCUUCUGCAUCCGUAAAUGCACAAGACUUCUCUACAUAUGGUGGAUCGCAAACCUCUUCGACAUAUGAAUCUCUCUAUGAACCGAUAAAUCCUAGACCUUGUAGCCAGUUAUCUGGAACAUCCAUAUAUGGAGGCUAUGUCGGGACAACCGAACCAACGCCCGAACCAGAUGAUGCACUGUACUGUGGGAACUGCUACAGAUGUGGUGAGAAAAUCAUGGGUGAGACAACUGGUUGCACAGCAAUGGAAAGAAUCUAUCACAUCAAAUGCUUCUGUUGUCAGCAAUGUGGGAUUAAUUUACAGGGUCGCCCAUUUUAUGCAGUACAGGGUCGAGCUCUAUGUGAAAGAGACUAUCUAGAUACUCUAGAAAAAUGCUGUGUGUGUGGAGACCCCAUAUUAGAUCGUAUAUUGAGAGCAACUGGCAAACCAUACCACCCUCGCUGCUUCACCUGUGUUGUGUGCCAAAAGAGUCUUGAUGGCAUUCCAUUUACAGUAGACGCGGUUAACCGUAUCCACUGCAUUGAAGAUUUCCAUAAAAGGUAUGCGCCGCGCUGCGCUCUUUGCAGAGAACCCAUAGUGCCUGAAGGUGGAGCAGAAGAGACGGUGCGAAUUGUGGCACUAGACAAGAGCUUCCACUUUGCCUGUUACGCUUGUGAAGAUUGUGGAGCAUCUUUGUGUUCUAGGGAAGAAGGUAGAGGAUGUUAUCCUCUAGACGGACACCUGUAUUGCAAAGAAUGCAAUGCCAGGCGUAUACAGGAUCUCUCUAGAAAAAUUAAG